CUUUCGAUCUCGCGGUACAGCCUCCGAUCUUCCGAGCGAAACUGGAGCAUUCUGCCGCGUACCGCGCCUCGGUACGCAGCCUCCGCGCGUACACUCCGCCAGUCUUCGCACGUCCACUGUCCUGCGAGGCCGCAGGAUAACGAGGAGGACCACGUGCUUGAAUCGCCGGGUUCGUCGUCUCGUUUCACGUUCGUAUCACCACCGCGAGAGACUCCCCAUUCAUCAAUUCAAUUCUUUCAUUGAAUCAUUAAAACAGUGAUCAAACUUUAAAAUAAACACAUAAACAAAAAAAAUUAUUAACGAACUUUAUUUAAUAAUUAAUUAAUAAACCAAUUAAAAAAUAUGGAGUGAUGGGGAAUUUAUAAACUUAUUUAGUGCUUUUUUAUUUUCUUAUUAUUACAAGUGAUUUUUUUUCAUUCUUGGAUUAAGAACCAACACGAUUAUUAUAAGGAUUUUUCUUCAAUUCUAAUGAGCGUAGUCGAUUCGGGGCUUCCCUGGCUCCGCUACCUACCACCUCUGCCCUUACUACCUCUAACAAUGCGAGAAAAGGAUAGUUCUCCAAGAAAAAUGCUCGUGGGAGGAUCAAGUUCCCCAAAACAAGCCGCCGUUUACCCCUUAGUGGUUCGACCACCAAGCGAUGACCUCCCCUUCGAUUUAUCAAGAAACACCCGAUCCCCAGGACCCCACAUGUCCCCAGCCGGACGCCCACCGUGUCCUCAAGACUCAUUAGACGACCAACCUUUAGAUUUAAGGGUGGACCACAAAAAAUCAACGGCGGGGAAUUCAAAUUCGACGAGGAGGCACCACGUUGAAGAUGAAAAUAGAAAUUUGAUUUCGCCAAGUGAGAGUUUCGACGAAGGGGGAGGGAGCGAAAUGGAAAAGGAAGUCGAAAGGGAAGAAGAAAGUGCUAGUCCAAUUAACAACAAUAACAAUUCGAUCGGGGCGAAAUUUAAUCAACAGGUUAUCUCGGAUUAUCCCUCGGUGUUGUUCCCCACCCAACCGAUUCCCCAUUUCGUCUUGGAGGCAAUGUACAAAGCUCAAAAAGAUAAAAUCCCGCGAUUACCCUUCCCUUACACUUCGCCGAAUUUCCCGCAAAGAUACCCCCCGUUUUGGAGUCCUAACCCCCAAGUAACCCCGUUCGAAAUCCGCCCAAAUCCGACACAACAAACGAAAUUUCCCGAUUCGGGGGUCGCUGGGGGGAAAAUCAAGGAUCGGUACGCUUGCAAAUUUUGUGGGAAAGUUUUCCCGAGGAGUGCUAAUUUAACGCGCCACUUAAGAACGCACACCGGGGAACAACCGUAUAAAUGUAGAUAUUGCGAGAGAUCUUUUAGCAUCUCAAGUAACUUACAAAGACACGUAAGGAACAUUCAUAACAAAGAAAAACCGUUUAAGUGUCCACUUUGCGAGAGAUGUUUCGGGCAACAAACUAAUUUAGAUCGUCACCUUAAAAAGCACGAAGCGGAUGGGCCAACAAUCUUAGACGAGCGCACCCUUCAAAGAAGAAACAACAACACCAACAACAUCAACAGGAAUCUUUCGGAGGAAUCUUAUUUCGAAGAGAUUAGAUCGUUUAUGGGUAAAGUCACCGAUGGGAGGCUUUUACAACAUUUACAGCCCAACAAAAAUUUGGGAUUAAACCAAAGUUUUCAAAUCCCGCAGAAUUUCCCGCAACUCUACGAUAACAAAUUACAAAGUCCCGAAUCGUCGAAGGAACAAUCUAAUUUAAUAAUUAAAAGAGAUUCUUCGAACACUUCUUAUUAUUCGGAUAAAGAUAAUUUUUCGUCGAGCUCAUCAACAACGUCGGAAACUUCCACGCCUAAAGACGAAGAUAUCGAUAAAGAUGGGAAAGAGGAUGAUAACGAGGAUAAAGAAGAUGAUAAUCCCAAUAAUAAUAAUAACAAUAAUAAUAAUACAUGAUUUAAUAAGAUUUAUAAUGAAGGAAUGAAUUAAGAAAAGUAAGGAUACUAUACUUUUGUGAUAAAUCGAGUUGUUGGAGAAAACGUGUGGUACAAAUCGGAUGUAGGCUAAAAUUAAGUAUACGCUCAAUUUUCUUCUCUAACUUAAAAAUUACUUAAAAAAAAUUUAAAAGGGUGUUUGUUAUAAAUUAAUACGAUUUUUUUGGCAUAAUUGACCGCGUUUUGUUUAAUUUUAUUGCGUCUGCACGAGGUGGAAAGUGGAGCCGAUUAAAAACCGGUAUCAUCGUCGUCGGUGAUGUACUCAACUCGUCCUUUCAAGAGAAAAAAAAACGACCACGCCCUAGUUUCGUACGAAGGAAAGGAAAAACUUUCACUUAAUACAAAAAUUACCCCGAAAAAAUCUCCAUAAAAAAAUCUUUGUUCUAAUUCGCCUUGACUGACUCACUCAGAACUGAGAACUCGCAACAAUCAAGGUUGUAUCCUUGAGCGGAAGUUGACAAAAAGAGUUAAACUUUUAGAUCGGGAUGACAUUUAUGCGUCGCGUAAUGAUCUAGUUCACCUCAUCUAAACGAAACGAAAAGAUCUCAAAGGCUGAAGCAAACGCGAAUCAAUUGGGUCAAUAUAGUGAAAUAAAACGGUUUCUUUUGAAUUUUUAAUAAUCCUUCUCGGCCCAGCCCUAACUCCGAUACAUCUCGAGAGGACGUUAUAUCACCUCUCUUCGAUACCUGAUACCCGAUACGAUACGAUUCUCGAACCACACAAGGUUGCGGCUACACGAUAUUAUUCCAGAUGCAAAAGGUGUGGCUCUCUACGUAACAAUUUUUUUUUUAACUCGUUGAACAUCGCAGAUGCGUUCGCGAUUGUGUUAGAAAACGAACGAGAUCUCGCGGCGUCUCGGACGUUCUCAGAAUUCGACUUUCUAUAUCAAUUUUCCGUUAUUUCUUCUUCUCCCGACAUGUGGAAACGAACUUUUCUUAUUGCGGAAUGCAAAACAGAGAAAGUCGAUUAUUUAUAUGAUUCACUUAAAAAAUGAUAAUAACAACAAAGUGAUCAUACGCAAGAAGUUCUCGUAGACUACCAUUUGCGGAUUACAGUUAGGUCGUUACGUUGGCGAAGGUGUGGCCCUCGGACGGUCGAAAAACUGCAAACACCUCGGGCUCAGCGGAGAAGAACGGAAAUCUCGUGUGCCGAAGGGCACCGAGGCCUUCGGACGCCAGGAAGCUGCGCGUUCGAAAUGAACCGGUAUCACGUUAGAUAUAUCAUUUACGGUAUAUCGUUUUUGCGUUCUCUCCCAAACUACUCCCUAACCACCGAGUUAUACUUCUUCAACCGACUCACUUUUAUUUUAUUUUUCCCCCGGACGAGAUGUUCUAAUUAAUUCCGAGAGCCGGACUAGUUCUUGCGGUUACACACUAGAUCACUUCAAAGACCUGGGAACCACCGGUUGCGAACGUUCACAAUGAUAAUUGACGUCUUCGUCGUCGUCCUCAUCAUCUCCUUAAGAAGAUAUAAAACCAAUUUGAAUCGUAAUAUCUAAUUUAUUAUUUAUUUUGAAUAUAACCGUUCUACUAAUCGUAUUAACUCCUAAAAAUCAUGGUUUAACAUGUCGCUAAUCAAGCCUUAAUUAUUCAUUACGAUUUUAAUUUAAUUCAAUUCAACUCCUUAUUCUAAUUCAAUAUGUAAAUCGUUAUAAAGGAACCUAAUCAAAGCUUAAUUUCGCCUUAAUCAAGCAUUUUGAAAUAUGGCUCAUUUGAACUAAAAAAUUAACUAAGUUAAUCGAAGCUUAACAUGGCGCUAAUCAAGCACUUUCUUUAAAGCCCGGUUAAUUUAAUUGCUUGUUAAUAUCACGCAUUAUCACAUCG